CUCCUCCUUAACUAUGAAGAGUACACUCCCUUGAUCACUGCAGGCAGCCUUGUUCGAAUUUCUUCUCACCUUCACCUCAGUAUUUGCCAAUAUACGUAUGCCGAUCGUACUAACCUCCAAUGGCAGUCGCUCCCGAGUUAUUUGAAUUCACCGCGCAGAAACGCUUCCACCAACGGUUCAUUCUCCCCGCGACAGCAGAUCAUGGCCCUCUGGCUGUGACCUAUGCUGAUGUCGGGCCGCGUCAGCAUGAAGAUGGAACUCCGGUACCUACGAUCUUAGCCGUUCCUGGGAUGGCAGGGAGCCGACUAUGGCUUUAUCACAAAGACCACCUAGCAAAUGAGAUUGGAGUCAGGAUACUGUCUAUCGAUCGGUGGGUGGCUCGCUCCCCCGGGAUAGGCGGAUCAACGCCUGUCCCAAUCGAGAAGCGGGUCUCUGUUUGGCUAGAAUCCGUUACAGCGCUGCUGGACUAUCUGUCAAUUUCGCAUGUGGUGCCUAUUUCGCAUAGCGCAGGCACCAUUUACCUGCUGAAUCUACUUGUGCACAAGAGAGACUUGCUAUGGCCACAGACGCCAAUCGCAAUCCUUCUCGCCCCCUGGGUCGAACCCAAGCAUUCCGAUGUGUUGUCCAUGCAGAUGGCUCAGAUGCUUCCCAAGGGGAUACUAAAUCAGUGGAACAAACUUAUUGGAUUCACCUUGACCAAGGCAGCACCUACCUUAGGUGCCAGUUCGGGCAUCCUGGCGAAUAUGUCUUCCAGCUUACCCGGAAUGGGCAGGAGCCUUGAUCCCGAAGAGCAUGAUGCUUGUCUAACCACAUACGGAAUGCCUGUAGAAGCUGUGGAGAAGCUAGAGAAGAUCACCAUGGAGUACAUGUUUACCGAAAGCUCCACCGGCAUCAAUGAUGAGGCGAUGGUCUGUCUGAAGAAGGGCUCGUUGGGGCUGUGGGGGGCUUGUGAGGAUCUCCCGGCUUAUGUCCGGCAAUUGUUGCAGUCGGAACAGGAUCACAAGCAGCAUUAUCCACAAGAGGCGCCCCUACGGCUGGUUGCUGGUUUUGCCGAGAAAGAUAGUAUGAUCAGCUCUCGGGGGCAGCGGUACUUUGAACAGUGCUUUACGCGUACCGAUUUAGGAGGCGGAGUGGCUUUUGAAUCCGUGGUAAUGCCGGGGACCGACCACGAUUCUAUCUGGUCAACGCGGACAGGAGUGUUGGAGAAACUCAUGUGGGACAUCAAGGAAAUCGCGCAGUAAAUGCCGCAGGAAAUCAAG